GUCGUAGCGCAGCGGGGCGGAGGGUGCAGAGCAGGGCGGGCAGCGCACCGCUCCGUGCCGUGGCUCAGGCGCUCCAUGAGCAGCCCCGGGGGGGCUCGGUGCUCGCAGGCUCCGGGAUGUGACUUGCGGCGGGCAGGCGGACACAGCUGCCCCGCCGGCCUCGGCUGCAGCAGCCAGCGGACAGAAAAAUGAAAACCUACCCAGCCAUUGGUUUCUUCCUCCUCUUCGUGAUCAGCUAUGGCUCUUCUGAAAACUCGAGCACACCGAGAGGGUGCGGACUGGAUCUCCUCCCGCAGUAUGUGUACCUGUGCGACCUGGAUGCCAUUUGGGGAAUAGUUGUGGAGGCAGUUGCGGGAGCAGGUGUGCUGACAACGUUACUGCUGAUGCUGAUUUUGCUGGUGAGGCUGCCCUUCAUCAAGGAGAAAGAGAAGAAGAGCCCCCUGGGAAUGCACUUCCUCUUUCUUUUUGGGACUCUCGGACUGUUUGGGCUGACAUUUGCUUUCAUCAUCCAAGAAGAUGAAAUGGUGUGCUCUACCCGAAGAUUUCUAUGGGGAGUUAUCUUUGCUUUGUGCUUCUCGUGCUUGCUAGCUCAAGCCUGGAGACUUCGUAGACUAGUUCGACAUGGGAAAAGUCCAUCUGGCUGGCAUCUAGCUGGUGUGGCAAUCUGCCUGAUGCUCGUUCAGGUCAUUAUUGCAACCGAGUGGUUAAUACUAACAGUUGUCAGAGAUAACAAGUUGGCCUGCAGCUACGAACCGAUGGAUUUCGCUAUGGCUUUGAUUUAUGUUAUGUUCCUGAUGGUAUUUACCAUGGGGUUUUCUCUUUUCACUCUCUGUGGAAAGUUUAAGAAAUGGAAGAAAAAUGGAGUAUGUCUCAUUAUAACACUUUUUUUUUCCAUUCUGAUUUGGGUAGCCUGGAUGACUAUGUACCUCUUUGGUAAUGCUGAACUAAAGAGAAGAGACAAAUGGAGUGAUCCCACUCUUGCUAUUGCACUGGUGUCCAGUGGUUGGGUGUUUGUUAUUUUUCAUGCUAUCCCUGAGGUCCACUGUACCAUCCUUCCAUCACAGCAGGAAAACACUCCCAAUUAUUUUGAUACUUCACAGCCAAGGAUGCGUGAAACUGCUUUUGAGGAAGAUAUACAGCUUCCUCGGAGCUACAUGGAAAAUAAAGCCUUUUCAAUGGAUGAACAUAAUGCAGCGCUAAGGACGGCAGGAUUUCGAAACGGCAGUUUGGGAAGCCGACCUAGUGCUCCCUUUAGAAGCAAUGUUUAUCAGCCAACUGAGAUGGCAGUUGUGCUAAAUGGUGGGACUAUACCAACUGCUCCGCCAAGUUACACUGGACGACACCUCUGGUGAAAGGCUGUAGGCUGUAGAGAAUAAGAAUCCUUGUUGCAGAUUUUGUUCCCUGGCAGUGUGUCUUUGAGGGAGGAAUCCAUAGCAGUACCAGAACAAAGCAACAGAACAUCCAGGAGCUUGCGAAAUCCUACAGAGGAUUUUGUGUAAAUGUGAACACCACUGAACUGAUAAACUAAUUGCAAAAACAAAAUUGUAAGCCUGAAGCUGAAUCUGAUUUAAAAUAGAAGUAGGCACACUUCAAAAUGAAAGAGAGGGAUAUUGUAUUCUGAAAUGUAAGAUAUUCUCUUGUCUGUAACUAGUGUGCGAGGCAAGCCUGACUUUGGUUGCCAGCUGCUUGCAAAAUACCAUCCUUUCACCUAAACUUAAUUCACGUUGCCACAAAAGAUUGCCACUACAGUGUGAAAACAUACAGGAUUUCUUUCAUUUUGCUCCUUUUACCUUCAUUUCCAAUGUCAUUAAAAGUACCUUGUUUGCUUCAUUAUCUAGCUGUACUGUAACAUCAUGUAGCAUGUGCAGUCAAGCAUUGUCAUUCUGUGGCAACUCAAUUACCAUUACACUGUAGGUUGAUAUUCUUCUCUUUAAAAAAACUGUGUAUGAAAGCAGUUCUGGAGAGACAAAAGGUCUGAGCACAGUUUAUGGGAGUUAUGGAGCUUCUUGAGGCAGAGAAGUGUAGGUCCAGCAUAGUCAGCUCUCUCCAGAAGCCUGGAAUCGGAUUCCCUCUUAUUCCUCAACCCCAGGUGCGAGCAGAGACAUGCGCAUUGUCACUUCUCCUACAGAAGAAGCCAUGAAAGGAAACUUUGGAGGGAUAUGCUUUUGCAAAGACUUAGCUGGGGAGAGAAUGUGACUUGCAUUUGCCAGAAGUACGUUCGUUGUGAUGGUGGAUGAUGGGCGACACACCGCAUGACACAAGCCGGCCUGGGCUGGUAGGCUGAUACCGUCGAGCAGGAAUUCGGUGGCAGCUGAAAAGUACUGAUCACCUGUCAGGAGAAACUCAGCAGCAUAUAGGGUCAAGGCCUCUGUUUCUAAUCCUUGUUCAUAUGAGUAGUCCCAUUGACUGCAGUUGUUUGUGCAUUUAAAUGUGGUUGUGCGUUAUAGUGCCUAGCGGGUAGAAUCUCCUUUCUGGAGGUGGUUUGUUGUUGUUUUUGUUUUUUAAGGUGGUUUCUUCCCUCGUCCUCCCCCCACCUCCACUUUUUUGAGUUGAUAUAAGGCAGACUUUCUCAAAGCUUUUUGUUUUCUCCAGGUUAUUUGAAAGGUUCCCAUUGCCCAUUGUUUGUGCCAUGGUUUUCAUUAUGUUUAAGCAAUCAUUCCUUUAUUUAACAUUUAAUACAUAUCAGACAUUGAAAACAUCACUGUAUCUUCACUGUUUGGCCAAUGUUAAUCUUAGCUUUCCUCGAUACUAAAUGCAAAUUGUUUUUACUUGAGGGCAUAGGAAACAUAUAACAAAUAAACUUUGCAUAUGCUAUAAUAAAAAUAUAUAUUUUCAAACUAAAAAAUAUAAUGUACAAAUAACCGAAUAGCUUAGUAGCUUCACAGAAAGAAGUUACUUGCUGUAUACUGCAAAAGAAAUGAGCAUUUUAUUUUUCAAGAGUCUUCCUGAUUCUCCAUGUACCUCCAUUUCUACUGAAUUAGGAACCUAGUCCUGCAGACUUGUACUCCCACAAGCAGUCUGGGUCUACAUACAGGUACAGAGGCUGCAAGACCAGUCCCUAAGUGUUGCACACAGAUAUAUAUGUGUAUAUAUAUAUAUAUGAAAAAAUAUAUAUUGCCAUUCUUGCCAUGAUCAUCUUAUAGUAUUUUAUUUCACAGCCCUUCUCCUCCAGACGCAAUGGUUUUCUGUCAUGCAUGAAUAAAGGAGCAUGUUAGCUCCAUGUCAGAUAUUCCCCCCUGCCCUUCCCUCCUUGAGGCAAAGGAAGCAUGUACUCGUUGUAGGGAUUGCUUAUUUUAUUUUCUAAGUAACUAGGUGGCCUAGGUAACCAAGUAGGGUAGGGGUGGAUAUUGCAUGCUAUCCAGUGACUUAGAAAUACAUUUUGCUUGUUAAAAGCAAAGCUUUGAUCAAAUGAGGUAACCUUUAUGAUAGCAAUAGUUACCCAGAAGUUGCAUUAUUUGGAAGAAUAUAAAACCCCUUAUCAUUACUUGCCUGCAGAGUUUUGUUUAAAAAAAAAUAAUCAGAAAACUACUGUAAAACCAUAUAAGAUGACCAUGGCAUAAAUGGUAGGCCAGCUUUCUUUUAAAAGGUUUAUCAUGCUACAGCUCAGAUUUAUGAACUAUAAUGCACAUUUUACAGACCUUGGACAAAAACUCUACGAAAUAUAGUUCUCUUAAGAAAUAGUGUUUUUUUUUUUUUUUCUUUUUCUAGAUGUGACUGAAUUGAUAAAUAGAGUUCCCAAUCCUGCUCACAACAAAGCUGAUUGGAAUUUAAGGCCUUAUACAAAAAUAUGGCCAGAUCCUACAAUCUGCUACUCCCAUGACUACUGUCCUUGGUUGGUCGUGUGAACUAUUCACACCAUUGCAAAGUAGCAGGAUUGGGCUUAAUUUGUGGUGAAGGUGUGGCAAUAGAAUAGGAGGGUCUUUACUUUCCAAUUUUGUACAGUUAGUAAUAAGCAAUUUUUUGUAAGUCAUUAGUUUGUUAUGUAAAAUGCCCCAAAUAAAAAUGUAAUUGAAGAAAGGCACCUUUAUGUUAACUUAUAUUUCUGUUACAGUAAACACAUUGUUUACUUUUGCCUUUUAUGAGUUAUUUAGAAUGUAGAGCAUCUGUGAACAACCUAAGUGUAAGCACAAGCCUUUCACUGUUCAGUUAAUUUUCAUUAGCUUUUACACUAUAAAAGCUACUGUGUUGUCCCUUGAUGGUAUGUGCUCGUGGUGUUUCCAUACAGAAAUUGUAAAGCAUCUGAAAAAAUUGUUACCAAAACAAGAUUUAUACUGGUCAAUGGCUAGAAAAAGAGUCCAAAGCCAUACUUCACAGGUCCUGUCUUGUUUUCAGAGGAGCUGAGGGUGUUUGACACUUGCCAGAAAAUAUGCAGCAUCUUCAGAAUAGCAGUCCCAGUACAUGCUCUUGUUUCUACAAAUAAGGUACACAAACUGUAGAAGUAGAUGUUUCUGUUUUUAGUGUAAACACAGGCAUCUUGGUUGGCUUUGGAGCUUGAUGCCUUGGGCCUAACCAAAGGCAAUGCAAAAGGGAGCACUGUAGCUUUUAUAAUAAAACAAUUGGACUAUUCUACCAACUUACAGGAUUACAAAGCAGGUGCUUUUUAUUAAUUGAUGAGAGCUAAAGCUCAUUUUUGAUAGAUAAUAUAUUUAUUAAAUGUAUUAAUGUGUGUUUUAUAACGUACCUUUUUUUCCGCUGAUUGUUGCAUACUGGUAUCUUAUUAAGUACAUCUUUAAAGGAUUUUCAAGACAAUCAAUGUGUACCAUGAUGACUGUACAUAAAUAUACAAAACUACAAAGGUUGUAAAGCAUGGGCAAAUGUUUUAUUUUCAAAAUGCUGUUCUUAACGAGAAUAAAGGCUUUACUAUUUACUUACAAAA